AUGGCUAAACGCCACAAGGUGAAAGGUGAAGUCGAUAGUAGUUUUGAGAUUCUGGAAUUACCAUUAGGUGCUAAGGAUUGUCUAAAGAAAGUUGUGUCUCGUAAAAGAAUGGCAGACAUGCUAGGAAAAUAUUUGACAAAAUAUGAUGAAUUUGAAUUCUCUUUGGAGAGUGCCGAGGAAAGUCUGAAAAUCGCUUUGACAGCAAAACAGGUGGCCAAAGCCCUUGAAACUUGCAAGAGGUGUAGCGCUGAAAUGGAGGAAGCUAUAGAUAAAGCAAACGAACUAAAGCAAGUCAUAGAUGAUAUGGAUCCCGAUAUGUUCAAUAUUGAUGAUACUGAUAUCGAUUACUUAAAAGACGAGCUGUGCGAUAACUCAUCGAAGGAGAUCAAGGAGCUAAUGAACGGCGCGGUAUUGACCUACAUCAAGGAAAACCUUCAAUCGACCGCCACCAAAUUCUUUUUGAGCUCGUUCACCAACCGCUACAUCAACAACCCCGUGUACGAGGACCACUACUCGACCUUCAGCGACGUUCUGAACGAUUUCUGGAUAAAUCUCCCGAAGCUGGUGAACAGCCUGCUGAACAAUUACGAGGAGCAGCUCAAAAUCGAGGCGGCCUUCCUGGCCGACGACAGCACCGAUCAGAUCCAGCUCCAUCUCAAAACCGUGCUGGAAUCGUGGAUCGACACGUACUUCCUGAAGCUGAACAAGGCAGGAUUGCAGAUGGAGAUGGAAGCGGCGUGCGACAAGGAGUUCGAGAGCAUGCUCAGCACGCUGAACGAGACCGAGCAGACCCCGCAGGAGAUCAUCCAGACGAUGCUCAAGCGGAUCGUGAAGCAGAUGGUCGUCGUGUUCAAGCAGAAGUGGGAGAAUCAGAUGAAGGACCCCACCGCCAAGGCCAGUUUCGAGGACAGCUACCGCAAGAUGAUCGUCGAGCUCACCAAUCAGCUCACGGGCGAGGCUCCCGACAUUCUCGCCUCGCUCAAUAUCACCGUGCCCGUGCAGCCCCCCGAGCAACCGGAGAUUCCGACCACUCCGCUCGCCCAGGCUGCCGUGGCGCGGACCGAAAUGCCCAAGGAGCCGGUUAUGCCCAAAGAACCGGAAAUGCCCAAGGAGCUGGAAAUCCCCAGGUUGCCGGAAAUGCCCAAGGAGCCGGUAAUGCCGGUGCUGCCGGCAGUUCCGACGCAUGUUCCUGCGAGUUUUGUGCCGCCAAAGCAAAUCCCGGUGGCUGAAGAAGCGAAGGCAGAAGCGGAAAAAGAAGAAGAAGAAGAAGAUGAUAAUGAUGAUGAUGAGUGUUAUAUCAUGGUGGAACCAGAACCCAGGCGUCAAACCAUCAAGUCCCUCACACCUUCGAGGAACCAAUCCCCGAUUCCUUCUCCUUCUCCUUCCGUGUCUGCAGCUCCAAAGAAUCAACCAUCCGCUAUGGCUCCUCCUUCCGUGUCUGCAGCUCCGUCCUCGCUGCAAGUUUCGAUGAUUCAGCCUCCCACAACGACGACUACCUCCUAUUCACUCGGCUCUGGGAUGACAUACACCAUUUCAAAACCUGCCCGGAUCACACCUGCAAACGCCCCGCCCACUCUUCAAAAACCCCUUUUCAGGCCAGCGCCCUUGGCGAGGCCGAGCUCCAACCGGAGAGUUUCCUCCUCGUAAUGAGUGUCCUUCCUU